GAAUAAUUGCCAAUGUUAUUUACCCGAAUGUCACGGAUCGGAUCGAUCGGAGCGACUUGAUUGCAAGACUUCAGCUUAGCGAAGUAGCCGCGUCUUGCAUCUUUCUUGAUCUGUGCAAUCUCAAGGAUGCUGCUCCUAUGGACGGUUGCACUGAGUAACUGAGACUUGGGAGGACUUCUUGGUGUUUCGAUCUCUGAGAAUAGAAAUAAUGAGCAAGAAAACCUGUGACUGACAUUUAGUAACGGACGUCACCCCUACGAUAUCUUCCAUGGAAGGCCUUCCUUCAUCAAGCUCCAACAAGCAACAAGCCACAGACUCCAGAACGAUGCUGUCCCAAGCCACGCCCCUUGGACCACACCCUUCCCCUUUCACCGCAUCGACUAGUGCUCCGUUUUUCUCCACGCGGCGUGAACGUGAGCCGGCAUUUGCCGUGGCUGCGUCAGAAUUUGAGAAGCCCAACCUAAGGUCGUCGCACAUUUUACAGGGUUUGGCGCGACUGGAAGGGGCGCGUGGUCACGUAUCCGGAACGGGGGCCUUCCAUCCUGUCCAACCGCAUUCCGGCCAAUGGAGCUCUGAACUGAACGGGAGCAAUCACAUGACUUCGAUGGCCAAUGGCAGCCAUCCGUUUCCAAACCAGCACAGGACCAUUGACGAUUCGACAGAAGAUAAGCGAUUACCAAGACGAAAGCGUAAAGCCAGUAAUCACGAAGGGUCAGUAUGCACCAUAUGCGGAGUGACGGUUCGACCGGUAGAACUACCAGCUCACUACGAGAUUGAAGUGGAGAGACUCAACAAGUUAACGAGACCAGGAAAGACAAACCGAGAAUCUUCCAGCCAUUCCAAAAAGGUAACUCCGGCAACCUCCAUCUCAAAGAGGAAGAAAGAGAAUGAAGAUGAGGGAUUGGAGCAUCGAGAAAGCCGACGAGAGGAAUACAGGAGAGUCAAGCGCAACAGGUUGGAUAGAUUAAAUGCUCGCCUUGGUCGAUGCCGUAAGGGUCUCAAGAAGCCGUCAGAUGAGACGCCCAGCAGCGCCGCUCUCUGCCCCAUCUGUCAUGAGGUGUUGACUGGGUCUGUUGAGGAGAGGAACACGCAUGCUGAAGCUUGCCUCAGAAAGGCGACCCCAAGUCAGGCCGACGUAGACGAGGACGUGAAUGUGGACGGAGAAGACGAGGAAUUUGAGGAGUACACCUGGUGUGGUCAGACCAGAAUCCGAGCCACCUCAAUGCUGGACUCCAGAUUUAGAGAAGCUGGUUUUGAAGUUGCCCGUAAGGAGACCGAGUGUGACACAGAACUCAACGUUGACGAUGACGACACAGCUGAAUACGGCCCGGAGCAGUUCACCGAGGCAGAUAUAAUACCCUGCCCGUCAGACGACUCGACGGAGGAUAAACAGCGUCAGGCAUUGCGGGAUGCAGUCGUUGGGAACGAUGAGAGAGCAAGCCCACCAGAUUCAGUGCCAGAUCCGUGGCUACCUUCCACAAGUCAUGCACCAAGCGACACUAAGCAACCGAACAGGACUGAGGACGUUGCCCAAGUCAAGUCAGACACGGUCAUGGAGUGUCUCAAGACGAGAGUACGAGAGUUACAGGAGCAACUCGACGCUGCUGCUGCAGUCCGAAUCAAAUGCCUUAUAUGCAUGGAACCAUUUAGUGUACCUCUGGUGUCCAUCCAGUGUUGGCACGUCCACUGUCAACAAUGCUGGCUCAGGACAUUGGGAGCCAAGAAGCUCUGCCCACAAUGCAACAUGAUCACAUCCCCAGGGCAACUGAGAAGAAUCUAUCUUUGAAGCCAGCAUGAAAGAAGCCUUAACCCAACUAAGCUAUCAUGGUCACCUGACCAAGCCCAACUGAGCUAUCAUGAUCACCUGACCAUGGUCACCUGACCAAAUGUCAUGAUCUGAUUGGUCAAAAGACCCUGAAAUAAGCUUUUUAUUUGGUACAGCCUGAAACUCUGUGGAAAUUUUAUCUCUUGACAUAUUUUUCCUUGUGUAAAAAUUGGCUACAAAAAUUAGGGGUAGGUCAAAAACAAAUAGAUAUAUAUAAGAGUUAGAAUUAGAAUUUCAGCCAGUAAUAUGUUCAGAAUUUUUGUUAUCCUGUAUUUAGCAGUAUCUGAACUCAGUUUUUUUUAAUUUAUCUACAUUUCUGUCAUUUUGCGAGAAAUAUGAAUUUUCUUUUGGGUUAACUAACAUUAAAUAAAACAAAAAGCAAUUGACCUAUAUACCAUGAACACUUUUUGUACAAAGAAUGUGAAUAUUUUGAGAUCUGGGUAAUAAUUUGUUCGAAUGAAAUAAAACAUUAAACAGAUGCAGAGAAAUUGUAUCUUGA